AUGCUCGCUCGCUACCUGGUGCUCACCUGCGCAGCGUGCGGCCACGCGCUCCGGCUUCCGCAGCCUCCUGUAGGCCGCCGCCAGGCGCUGAGCUUCGUCCUCGGUGCGGCCGCCUUCGGUGGCGGUGGCUCCGGCGCGUUCGCCGAUGAGGCCCCGAUGACGCCCGCCGAGUGCAAGGCGAGCUGCUUCAAGGAGUGCAACACAGUCGCGCCCGGGAACAAGUCGUACUGCGCGAACCAGUGUGAUAGCUUCUGCGACGCCUCGGGCGCGGCCGCGGCCGACAAGCCCGCCGAUCUGCCCGACGUCAGCAAAGACUUGGGAAUCUUCGGCGACAGCGGCGUGGGCUACAGCAAAGGAUUUGAGGACCUGUUUGCGACGGCGUUCGGAGCCAAGCGGCAGUCGAAGAAGAUCAACGAGGCGAACGUCGGCGAAUUCGCCAGCGAGGUGGGCGAGGCGUUUAGGACAGCGGUGUCGGGAGCCGAGAAGUAA